AUGUCUAAUAUUAUAGCAGUGAAUAAUUCGUCCUAUGCCAUGAUACAGUCCGCUACCGAAAAAAUGGUACAGGUGUUUGACGAUCUCUAGCAAAAUCGUCCUAAAAGGUUUUAAGACAAUGAACUCACCAGUUUAAAACUGCAUCGACGAUAUAAAUCGUUACCCAACAUGCCAAAGCAGUUAAUUUCCGAAGGUGAGGCCGUUCAGAUCGAUUUGCAGUCCUCAACCGCUUUUAUGAUACAAGUUUUCAAAGAUCUACGUGAAAAUCGUCAGAUAGCAGUCGAUAUUAGUGAUUUCAAGAGUUCAAAGGCUCAAAGACUAUGUAAAUCGAGGCCCGAUAUGGCAUUACUAACAAAUGCACCUAAUGCGAUGCUGUCCACGGAAAUUACCGGAAAUUUACCGGAUUCACCGUAUGCGGAAACAACUAACACUGCAGUAAUGACACUUGUCGCUGCAGAACUUAUCGACAUCGACACGAUGUUGUCCGUCUCGCCAACUUUCUCACUGCCAGUUGGGGAUGCUGAGUCGAAAAAUGGUUUGACAAAACCUUUGGACCGGGAGACCACCAGUUUACAGGAAAUGGUAUCCCUUUGUGGCCUCGGGGAUGCUGCAGAAAUGGAAACUACAGUAACUGCUACCAGACCUAAACGUCGCUCACUAUGGAGCCUGGUGAAGAGAUUCGCUCGGCGAAUGGUUUGCUGCGGUGCUAACCGCGACAUAGACCAUUAA